GAAAUACGCCUGAAAAAAACAACCACGUUUUUAUGUUAGAAACGUUAUUUUUAAAACUGCCAUUUAUUCAUACAUUUGUAGUUAAUUAUAUGUUCGGGUCCCAAUGAGAAUUUUAUUUUGAAAGUUCUCCUAAGGUCUUCCGUUCACAGCAGGUUUGACCGUUUGACAGCUAGGUAAGAGCGUGUCUCUCUGCAAGUGUUUUGUUCUAAACUGUGACCUGGCCUCUGAAAACAAUGACGUCCGACGGCGCCAUUCAGAUACCGAGGCGUCUGCCCCUGCUGCUGACCCAUGAAGGGGUGCUCCUCCCGGGCUCCACCGUAAGGUUCAGCGUGGAUUCUCCGCGGAACAUGCACCUGGUCAGCCAGCGGCUGUUGAGGGGGACUUCGCUGAAAAGCACAAUCAUAGGAGUGAUUCCCAACACCAGAGACCCCGAGCACGACACCGACGACAUCCCCACGUUGCAUAAAAUCGGUACAGCAGGGAUAGCAGUGCAGGUGGUGGGCAGUAACUGGCCAAAGCCCCACUACAGCCUCCUCAUCACUGGAUUGUGCCGCUUUAGUGUGUCAAGUCUGCUUAAGGAGCGACCCUUUCUCCUCGCAGAGGUGGAGCAGCUGGAUAAACUGGAUCAGUACUCAACCCCAGCGACAGAGGGUGUCACAGCCGAGGAUGGAGAGCUGGGAGAGCUGUCCCAGAAGUUCUACCAGGCCGCUGUACAGUUGUUAGGUAUGUUGGACAUGUCUGUUCCAGUUGUGGCUAAGUUCAGGCGUCUGCUGGACAGUUUGCCCAGGGAAACUCUACCUGAUGUGGUAGCCUCCAUGAUCCGCACCUCAAACACAGAGAAACUACAGGUCCUAGAUGCAGUGAGCUUGGAGGAGCGAUUUAAGAAGGCUCUGCCCAUGUUGACCAGACAGAUUGAGGGGCUAAAACUGCUGCAGAAAACCAGGAAAAUAAGUUCUGACAAUGAGAAGAAGGUGUUAACAGUGCGUAAAGGUGGAGUGUUCCCAGGUCGGCAGUUCAGUCUGGAUGGGGAAGAUGAAGAUGAGGAUGGUGACGACACUUCAGCCUUGGAAAGGAAGGUCCAUGGGGCCAACAUGCCUGAAGCUGCACUCAGAGUUUGCCUCAAAGAGCUCAAGAGAUUGAAGAAGAUGCCUCAGUCCAUGCCUGAGUAUGCCCUGACUAGAAACUACUUGGAUCUCAUGGUAGAAUUGCCAUGGAGCAAAAGCACCAAAGACUGCUUGGACAUCCGAGCCGCUCGUACGCUUUUGGACAAUGAUCACUAUGCCAUGGAGAAGCUGAAGAGACGCGUGCUGGAGUACCUGGCUGUUAGACAGCUGAAGACUUCACUGAAGGGCCCCAUCCUUUGCUUUGUGGGGCCCCCGGGGGUCGGUAAGACCAGUGUGGGACGCUCCAUAGCUAAGACUCUGGGCAGAGAGUUUCACCGCAUUGCUUUGGGAGGCGUCUGUGACCAGUCUGACAUCCGAGGCCACAGACGUACAUAUGUAGGGAGCAUGCCCGGCCGCAUCAUCAACGGUUUGAAGACAGUAGGCGUCAAUAAUCCUGUGUUCCUCCUGGAUGAGGUGGACAAACUUGGGAAGAGCCUGCAAGGAGACCCUGCAGCUGCACUGCUCGAGGUCCUGGACCCAGAGCAGAACCACAGCUUUACAGACCAUUACCUCAACGUGGCUUUCGACCUCUCCCAAGUGCUCUUUAUUGCUACUGCAAACACCACAGUGACCAUUCCCCCUGCCCUGCUGGACAGGAUGGAGGUGCUGCAGGUACCAGGCUACACACAAGAGGAGAGAGUGGAGAUAGCUCACCGUCACCUGAUUCCAAACCAACUGGAGCAGCAUGGAUUAACACCUCAGCAGCUGCAUAUACCACCUGACACAACACAGGAUAUAAUCAGCAGCUACACCCGUGAGGCAGGUGUGCGUACCCUCGAGAGGAAGAUUGGAGCAAUCUGUCGGGCUGUGGCUGUAAAGGUCGCUGAAGGUCAGAGAGUCCUUAAGUCAGAGGCUUUGACCCCCGAGUGCCCAGCACAGCAGGGAGACAAGGCAGCACCCCCUGAGAUGCCCAUAGUGAUCGACCACAUCGCCCUGAAAGACAUCCUGGGACCUCCGCUGUUUGAAAUGGAGGUGUCUGAGCGGCUAACCCUGCCUGGCGUGGCACUGGGCCUGGCCUGGACCCCCCUCGGUGGUGAGAUCAUGUUUGUGGAGGCCAGUCGAAUGGAGGGAGAUGGUCAGCUCACUCUGACUGGACAGCUGGGAGACGUUAUGAAAGAAUCCGCCCAUCUGGCUAUCAGCUGGCUCAGAACGAACGCUAAAACCUACCGUCUCACCAACAUGGUGGGGGGUGCAGAUCCACUAGAAGGGACAGACAUCCACCUCCACUUCCCCGCUGGGGCUGUCACCAAGGAUGGCCCCUCUGCAGGUGUUACCAUAGUAACCUGCCUAGCCUCGCUGUUUAGUGGCCGAUUGGUCAGAUCAGACGUUGCCAUGACUGGAGAGAUCACGCUAAGAGGCCUGGUGCUGCCGGUGGGGGGGAUCAAGGACAAGGUGCUCGCGGCCCACAGGGCAGGAGUGAAGUGCGUCAUCCUCCCUAAACGCAACGAGAAGGACCUUGAGGAGCUUCCAGCCAACGUCCGAGCUGACCUCGACUUCGUCACCGCCAGAAACCUGGACGAGGUGCUGAACACCGCCUUUGAUGGAGGAUUUCCAGGGACAGCCAGCACCCACGCACACCCUCAGCUGACCAGCAAACUGUAACACACUGGUGACAAUACACACACCAACAGUGUGAAGUGAAGAAGGUGAAUGGAGGAGAGAGAGUGUCAUGUUUCAGUUUGGACAUCUUAGAGUCUAAUGAGUUCAGCCUCAGUUUUUCUAGACUGGCUGCAGUUUUCUUGAACAUGCAUGUAAUUUUAAUAGCACUGCCUUAGACCAGUUAAUGGAUGUGAGUUUAUUAAUGCCACAACACAUUGGUGAGCACUUAUUGAUUUAGUAUGAUUGUCAAAGUUUGAGCUGAAAAGAACUGAGCUGUGUGUGUGUGUGUGUGUGUGUGUGUGUGUGUGUGCGUGUGCAUGUGCGUGUGUGUGAGUGAUGAUGUACGUUGAUGAGAUGUCUUCAGGUGAUACCUGCAGCCUAUUUGAAUGAUUGUAUUUUAUGUCACAUUGUAAUCCAGUGUAGCCUGCUCAAUGCAGAUAUUGAAAUGUGUCAGCUGUAACAAAUGACUCCAGUUAAUUUCAUCAUACAGUAUGUGUCAGAUCCCAGUCUGAGGAACCGCCUGCAAGAGUUGUGGAAACAAUAUAUCUGACCAGAUAUGCUUAUAAUGACACAAUUUUAAUCCAAAAUGCCAUUUUCUGUCAGAAUGAAUCACACCCAUUGAAUGUCUGGAGUCCUGUGCAUGUGUGGGCCAAGCUGACGUUGUAAGAAGAAAGUGAGACACUACAGUCAAAGGUUGUCAGAAUAGUUCUAAGCUCGGUGACUAGGCUGGCCAAACAGUCCUGAAUGGACGAGUUUGACUGAUAGAGGCUUAAAGGAAAAGGAUAAAGCUUUCUAUUUCUUUUGGCUAUCAAUUUCAAUUACUCAACUAACAAUAUUGUUUUUUUUUUUUUACACAAAUGUUUGUUAACUUUAUUUUACCCCAGGCUUUACAAUAUCACUGUGCAGCAGUGUGUUCACACAGUGUUCCCUGCAGAUAAGAAGGACACUGACUUGUAAUAAUUUCAACACAAGGGUCAGAGGUCAGAGACAGAAAUAUUUUUAAUAUGACAGAUGGGUGGUGUAGAAAACUGCAGCACUAAUGACUUUAACAUACCACACAACUCUAAUUUCAUACUAAACCUAGAUGAACUCGUCUUAUUAAAUAACUGCAAACACUGAGAGCUGAAUUAAAGGUGCCUGAAGUCUCUUUCUUCCCUCAGAUGUUCUUGUCCUUCUGUCAGUGAGUAUUAAAGACAC